CAAAUAAAUUAGGAUUUAAUUGUGAAUCUUGGUUUCGUGAAACUUAAAAGAAAUUCUGUUGGAAGUUUAUGAAGGAGUUGGUGAUUUAACGUAACAUAGCAUAGCAUGGGCGUAAAGCAGAUGGCUUCGCGAUAGACUGACCUCCACCCUCAACCUUCCUAUCCAUUAACCUUCAACGAGAAUCACUUUCUGUAUCUUCUUUUGUUUCCUCUCUUUUCCAAGUAAUUAAAUCAAAAUCUACUGCUACUUUCCACUUUCCAGUAUACAGACCGAAGUUUUAAUAUCAUUGCAUUGGUACCCAUUUUAGGGUUUUGAAAGAGAAAAAGGAUGGCAAAACCUAGCGAAAACCACUCUUCCUCCAUUGAGUUCUUUAAAGUUUUCCUCUCCAGUGUCAGCUCCCGUCAACUGGCUGUGCCCCGACCCGAGUCCCCACGUCCGCUCUUUCUCCCCCCGCAACCCAAGAUUCUCCUAUUUUUUCGAUCUCUUACAUUCAAAGGCUUAGUGACGUAAUGUGGUUAAGAGCUUCCCACCAGCUUUGGUUAUGCAAUUAAAUGGAACUGCACCAGAAAAUGCCACCCUCAAAGAUCAUAAUGGAAGGAUUUGGGAUGUCCAAUUAGUAAAGACUGAAAGAAAGUUGAUAAUUGAAGAAGGCUGGAAAGCGUUUGCAAGUCAUCACUUUUUAGUUGAUGGAGACUUCCUUGUUUUCAAAUUUGAUAUGAAUUCCCAAUUUUUUGUCAAAAUAUAUAGUAGAAAUGGAUUGGAAAAGAGAAACGUUCUGUCUAUAAAAGAUUCUGUGAAGGAGGAAGCAGAUACUGAGUCCGAAGUAGAAAAUGCCAGGAACAAGUCUACUGGUGGUUGCAAGCGAAAGUAUUCAGAAAUGGAAUCUAAACAAACUCAAAGAUCAGCUGGUAGAUCUAAAGGAACUAACUCCAAAUUGGGACGGACUAAAGGUUCAUCUGGAGAAAGAACAUCCUCACUAAGACAGAUCAGAGCCACAAACAGUGGAAUAUCCAAAAAUAUUAAAGCAUCAUCCUAUAUUAAGCCCCAAAAACCAUCUUUUGAGAUGAUUAUGACUCGAUCAACACGAUAUACUGUGUAUGUUCAUAGAUUGGUGGUGAAAACACACAACCUUAAGUUGCAAGAAAAUAUGAAACUUCGCGGUGAGAGUGGGAAGUUUUGGCCUGUGAAAGUCUGUUUCAGGACUGAUGGUCGUAUCAUCAUUAAUAAUGGAUGGGCUGCUUUUCACAGGAAGCACAAAGUUGCAAUCGGGGACACGUGUGUCUUUGAGUUUAUUCCCGCAGAAAAUAACAUGGUCAAAGAAAUACAGGUGCAAAUUCUUCGAAAACCUGUCAAUCACACGAAAAAAGAAGCCUUGAGAGCUUGACCAACUUUGAUCGCCAUCAGGGAUGUAUGCCAAGAAAUUAGUACUCCUUUCCUGGAAAGUACAAACACGUUUUUGUACCAAGUGAUCUUUUUGCUUUUGUAGAUAUUAGUAAGGGAAGUUCACUCUUGGACAUCAAUUUGUUUUGUUCAAGCAUUGAGCAUACUUUGUCAUGAAGGCACUUUUGGUUCUUCUUGAAGUUUGAAACUGUAUCUUUGUAGGUUCCCCAUAAUCGAAUGUGAAUUAUAUGUCUGCCAACAGGGCUUUGCUAGAUUUAGCAGAGCAGCUUCUCUGGUGAACUAAUGCUUAAAGAUAAAGUUUGUAUUU